GCUCCCAGCGCAGCAUCGCAACAAAGAAAAGGAGGUUGCUGGGUUGCUGAGGCAUUUAUUCGAACAUGUGGUGGGCACCUCUAAGGUAGAGCUGAGGGGCAAACUUCGGCAACUUCAAAGCUUUUUCCGGCGAGGGGAGGUGCAGCUGUACCUCCUUGCGCCUCUAUGGAUCCGCCAGUGCGUAUGUGUAUAGUGUGUGUAUUAGAGCCCAAUCUGUUUAAAAUAGUUAGGUAAUUAAAUAAUACAAACUGACACCAAACACCUGACAUAGACUAUUUACUCAUAUCCAAAGUCUAAUACCAUAUACCAAACUAGCCCUUAAGGUACUAAAAAAAACCUUAAUUUGCUUUUUUCUGGAUAUAUAUCCAGCUUGUAAAGUUGCAACAUCGAAAUUUUUGCAAAUGGUAGAAGUUGCAGUUCCUACCCGAGUUCAUAUCACGCCCUUUCUUUCUGUAAGCCCAUAUCUUCCCAUUUGUCGCAAAAUAGUGGUGACAAAAGUAGCAAGGAAGAUUUCUGGAGUUGUGGCAUCUUCUUCUUCAACUUUUUCUACUUCUUCUGGUUUUGGGUAUAAACAAAAGGUUGAUGAUGGGCAAGUCCUGUUGCCAAAGAAGACAAGCAAAAAAAGGGUGUUCUUUUUAGACGUUAAUCCUCUUUGUUAUGAAGGAAGCAAACCCAGCUUACAAUCUUUUGCUCAUUGGGUCUCCUUAUUUUUCAAUCAAGUUAGCCUCUCUGACCCUGUUAUUGCUGUUGUUGAUGGGGAAAGAGGAAGUGAGCACCGCAGACAGUUAUUACCUUCAUAUAAAGCACAUAGGUGGAAGUUCUUGAGACAGUUUUCAAAGGGGCAUGUUGGAAGGUCACAUGGAGUCAUCACAAAUGUUCUUAGAAAAUGCAAUGUGCCAGUCAUAAAAAUAGAAGGCCAUGAAGCUGACGAUGUUAUAGCCACACUUGUGGGGCAAGUUCUACAAUCAGGAUAUCGGGUGGUAAUUGCGUCUCCUGAUAAAGAUUUUAAGCAAUUGCUUUCAGAAGAUGUUCAACUUGUCAUUCCCCUGGAAGAGUUGGAACGCUGGUCCUUUUACACCCUUAAGCACUACAUGGCUCAGUAUAAUUGUGAUCCGUGCUGUGAUUUGAGCCUUAGGUGCAUUGUUGGUGAUCAGGCUGAUGGUGUUCCUGGGAUCCAACAUCUGGCUCCCGGUUUUGGUCAGAAGACUGCCCUAAAGCUCAUAAAAAAGCAUGGUUCAUUGGAAAAUCUACUAAAGACAGCUGCAGUCAGAACUGUGGGCAGACAGUAUGCUCAAGAUGCUCUUACAAAACAUGCUGAUUACCUAAGGAGGAACUACGAGAUUCUUUCCCUUAGGAGGGAUGUCGAUGUUCGACUUAGAGAGGAGUGGUUGGUUAAGAGAGACACAAGCAACGAUUCAAGAACGUUGUCUAACUUCUUUAAAUUCUUGGAAGAAACCCAAAAGUUCAGUCAUUAUAAUGUAUCUGUCUCAAAUGGCUAAGCUUGUAACUUAUGAACCAAUGCCUUCUACUUGUUUGAUGAUCAAAGGGAAUCAACGUCUGUUCUUG